AUGCAAUCCACAAAGUUAUGUCUCCACAUACUACUCCCUCCCCCCACCUAUGCAAGGUACAGCUGUCACCCACCACGGCUGUGGUCAGAUUGUGCUGUCGUUCGAGGAAGUCGCAUUGCCAGUGGCAUCAACAGUGCAACCUGUACCCACAUUAUUAUUAUAAUUAUUGUAACCAACCUCCCUCUACCCGUACUGGUCAGCACGCCGCCUGAAAUCAACAGCUGCCAGCCGUCAACGCCGUCAAUUUUUUCUUUUUUUUUUUGCAACGGACGGCCUAACGCAACCACGUCUUGUCGUUGGCUCCGUUCCGUCACGUUUUUUUUUGGUCUUAAUCCUACCAAUUGUCUGAUCGACCGGGAGUUCUCGACUCAACAAUACUAUCAGUACUGGACAGAUCCUGUCCUCGUACAUAAAUUAUUAGUUUCAUUAUUUUCACCACCGUUGACAACAACUCCACGAUGGCAUAAGCCUCAACCAUCGGCCGGGGAAGCCGGAAAGCCCGAACUGUUGCUGCUCGCCUGA